CAAACUGUUUUUGUCCAGAGCAGUGGGGCAUGAUGUGGACUUCCAUCGAAAAUAUGAAGGAGAAUUUGAACAGGAUCGCGUUGGAGAUUCACGAGGGCGACGAUGAGGAUGAUGCCCGGCCGUCGAUGCCCGGCAGCAAUUCGGUCGCUAAUUUAUCAGCUUCACCUGCCAAUCGAAGGAUUUCUAGGAAAUUUUCUCGUUCCGAAUCGCCGACAUAUGAUUAUCAUGGCCCGGUUGCCAAUGGCCUCGAGUCCGCUUACAAGUCCGAGAUUGAAAAAUACAAAGCCGAAAUCAAGAGACUCAAAGAAUCUGAAGCUGAAAUCAAAGCACUGUCUGUUAAUUAUGCCGCGUUACUGAAGGAAAAAGAGGAUCAGAUUGGCAGGUUGACUGAAGAAAAUGGUUCACUGAAGCUAAAUUUAAAAUCAAGUGAUGCACUUGCUGGAUCUAGACAUUCUUCCAGGGGGAGCAGUGAUCAAUCAUUAACUAGUCAUCAUAAAACUGCUGCAAAGAAUGACAUAGCAGGAACCCCAUUCGGUAAUGGUGUUUUGCCUCGGCAUGAUGGACUAAGCAAUGGAGAAAUCAUUGGUGGCGAGAAGGAGCUUGCAGAUUUGCUGGAAGAGAAGAACAAGCCUCUUUCAUCAAUGCAAGAAAGUUAUGAGUUGCAGAUAAAGCAAUUGGGAAUGGAUCUUAAUAAAGAACGCCGCAAGCUAGAAAAUAUAGAAACAAAAUUAAAAGAGGAGCAGGAAUUGAAUGCAUCUUUUCAGCAGGAGCUGAACUUUUUAAAAGUUGACAAGGACAAUGUAAGUUAAGACGUAAAUACAUCCACACUUCACUAAAGGAACAUCAGUACUAGUAUUUUUCAUGAAACCUUGCGCAGUUUUGUAUAUUUGCUUUAACAAUCUUUACAUCUCUUUAUACUUUGUUGUAUCAGAGGGAUUCCGAGGUUGCAAAGAUUAAUGAUGAAAUGAAUCAGAAAGUUGCAGAAAUCCAGCAAUUGCACAUAAACCUUCAGAGCAGAGACAAUAAGGAAACAGAUAAAGU